UACGUGAAAGAAAAAGAAAAGCAGUCCACUCGAAUGCCUGCCGACAACUAUCGAGGCAAUGAUUAACACUUCUGUCUGCUCAUCCACUCCAACUUUCUUCUCUCAUGUCAAAAGCACUGGCUGUUUUGAAGUUAUUUUUCUCAAUGGUAUCAAUAAAUUCAACCGCCAAACCUACUCUCACUAGUCCCUCACGGUCAAACGCUACUCACCCCAUAACACAGGCAGCCCAGCCCGUUCCUUUGCUCUUGAAACCCAUGGACCAAGUCGCUUCCUUUGUUGGCCAGGGCUUCCGGUUCACUAUCCCGGAUGAUACGUUUUACCCGACGUAUUAUGUCGGACGAAGAGAGAACUUGAAACUGAGUAUGUUUACUAUAAAUGGAGGGAUGAUUUCUCGGAACUCCUGGCUUCAUUUCGACUCAGAAGCAAGGAACGUUUAUGGCUUUCCUCUUCCUGGGAACGAAGGGACGUUUCGAUUUUUGCUCAAAGCAACGAAUUCUGACGGCAAAUCUGCAGCAGAUAUUCUUCGGGUUCAUGUUCGCAAGAGCAACAGCAAUCAUAACCAUGAGUUCGUGAUAAGAACCAAGUUUCAUCUGUUGAAUUUUGUAUCAGAUGUGAGGGUGCGCUUUGAUUUCGUUUCAAGGUUUGCACGGUAUGCUAUUGAUGAUGAUGUUAGCAGCGUCUGGAUAAAAUCUUAUAACAAAAAACACAAACAAAUAACAUUGACGCUCAACACAAUACCGUACUCCCCCUGUGAUAAGACCCGCCUGCAAAACAUUCAUAACAAACUUGCUACGAGUUCCGGGGGAGUCAACCCUUCGUUCCAAAAGGCUCUAUCAGAAAAAUUUCUUAUUUCAAGUGUUGAGUUGAAGCUGGUUGGUCCGUGUGAUCAAGUGAAAAAGGACGAUGGUAAUGAGUUUGAAUGGGGUGUUCUCAAGCAUUUAAUGCCGAUUUUGAUGCUCAUGUUUGUGGUUGGGAUUCCUGUGGGCAUAUCCGUUGCCAUUCACAAGAGAAUCAAAAGAAAGAGAGCCAGACUAAGAGAUGAAAGAAAGAGAAGGAGAAGAAUGGAAAAUGGGAUGGACUCAACAUUUCACACGGUUCACUACAACAACAGGUGUCCUUCAAUGUUGUCCGUCUCCAACUUCUCCCGAGAGGACGACGCCACAGAAGAUGAAAGAAGCAGCAUUUCCAAAAUCAACAUCAUCCCGAACGGCACUACGCCAAAUGGUACCAUCCCAUCUUCGAUUAAUCUUGAUGUUCCAAAGAUUAGCACCAAUAAACAAACCAACAACAAACUCAAUACUAACAGUAAGGCAGAUAAUUCGUCCAGUAGUAGAGUGAUGUACAUGGGAAAGUCUGAGAUGAAUAUUCCAGUUUACUUCACAAAACCAAAAGAGGAAAUCCAGAACGACUCAGAAAUGUCGUUUUCAAUGAUUGCGGAUACCAUUUCGUCUACGUUGAAGGGGAUUGGAAAGUCUGUGUGGAGCGUAGCAGGACCAGAAGAAGAUGAAUCCACAGUCAACGAACCUAAAACCGGUAAUCUCGAUGGAGAAGACAAAAGGAGUAAGAAAGAUAAUAAACUUAAACUCUUAGCCUCUGAACUAGAGCUUCCACUCGCGGCAGACAAGAACGAUGACGUACCAAAGCUUCAGUCUGUAAGUAUCGUUCAUGAGCCCGGAGCUCUAGGAAUUCCACAGAGGUGCCAAUCAGAACUGAAGCUUACAGAAUACGGCAAAGGUAACAGCGCUAAUGAUGGCGUGAAAGUUCCGCUCAUGAACUCUGCAAGUAAUCGUUUGCCAAAGAGGCGAGUCUCUCUCCCGCAUGUAGAAAUCCAUUCUGAAAAUACCAAGAACAGGAAUAAAGUUGUAGAUUCACUUUUUGGAACUCAGGGAAGUAGCGUCGAGACUGGAGAAGGAAUUUCCUUGAAGGGUUUGUUGAAGUCGUUGAGUGAUGUUUCCAAAAUGACUACUCCAAAAGAACAGGAAACAGUACUCGUUGACGAAUCAGCCAUUGGUAUGUUUACGAGCCAGAUAGAACAGAUGUCCAAAGACGCUAGAGAAGAUUUUGGGAGUAGGAAUGAAGUAGAAGACUACGGCAUGCAACACUCCGAGGAAAAUCUACCAGAACAGGAAGAAAGAUAUGAUGAAGAAGAAGAAUUGAUGACACCCGAGGACAUUGAAGCCAUGGACUACACGACAUGGAGGAUGAAACAAAUAAAGAAAGCGCAGAGAGCAGCAGCGAAGAAAGAGAAGGAACAAGGAAUAGGGAGUAGUGAAUACAGCCACGAAGCUGAAUACGACAGGGAAGACGUCGCGUCCACUGACAAACUUGUCUAUCAAGAUUACACCAAUCCAUACCAGUACGCAAAUACCUCUUACUUGUCAGUGAAAUCGCAGUCACUAGACCUCACAUCUCAAUCAUCUGGUUUAAACGAGAGCGACGAUUACGAAAAAGAAAACUGCAACAAACAACAGCGGCCCAGUUCUCCCAUGUUCAGCCCUAACACACAAUCAAUGCCAAGCCUUCAUGACAGAAAAUUCCAAUUAGGGGCAGAAAGUACCAAGGUGGCUAACAGAAGCAGGACUCAAGAAGAUAAUCACCAAGGAGAGAAAUCAAUUUUAGGUAAAAUAUUUUCCCGCGAGACGCCAGAAGAGAGUAAGAAUCUUAAUCAGCCCAAAGAGCCCGAGGAGGGGUCCCUAGUGGGAUUUCUUAAGACACGUGUUGGCGGUUUCCUGGGACCUUCUGAAGGAUCCUCUUGGUUUAAGUGAAGUGGAGAAGAAUAGACUUGGGGAAAUUUGAUUUUCAGCAGCCGAGGAUUGUACAGUGAGUCCGUCCUUUUGGCUUAAAGCAAGAAAAGGUAGACAGAUAUUCAAUACGAUCGACACUAUGGCUACCAUAAUGCCGUGAACCAUGAACAAGAACAAAUACCAAAUGAAUUAGUAGCUUAGAGAGUAGAUUACGAAGAUUUAUGAAGAUUAUUGAAGAUCACGUUUGUCGAUCCUUAGACAGAUAAAUCACAAAGGUUUAGCUCCAAAAGUAUCUUGGGAUUCACUGAGGAACACAGCCGCCCUUAUUUAAUUGCAGCAUAGGUGCGCAAAGCAUCUCGGGAUCUAUUGAGGGUUUAAGAGGUCUUAAGUCAGGAAAGCUUAUGUGCGCAAGUCAUCUUAAGAUCCAUUGAAGAUCGCAGCAGCCCUUAUUUAAUUGUAGUUUAGGUGCGCAAAGCAUCUCGGGAUCUAUUGAGGGUUUGAGAGGUCUUAAGUCACAGAAGCUUUGGUGCGCAAGCCAUCUUGGGGUCCAUUGAGGAUCAGCAGCUCUUAUUUAAUUGUAGCAUAGGUGUGCAAAGCAUCUCGGGAUCUAUUGAGGGUUUAAGAGGUCUUAAGUCACAGACGCUUACGCGUGCAAUUCAACCUGGGAUCCAUUGACGAUCACAACAGCCCUUAUUUGAUCGUAGCUUAGGUGCGCAUGCCAUCUUGGUGUUUAUUGAGGAUCACAGCAGCCCUUAUUUGAUUGUAGCAGAGGGGCACAAAGUAUCAUGGGAUCCACUGGGGAUCACAAUGCUUGACUGUAUCUUAGGAGUACUAACUAUUUUGGAAGACACCCAAAUUGAAUGCAAGGUGCGCAAGGCAGAGAGUCACAGUAGCCUAUAUGUAAAUGCAAUUGACGUGAUCUUACUGCAGCUAAAGCUUGUUAUUAGGAUUUGUCAAGUAGAUCCGUUUGUAGAUUAAUUGUCCUUUAACGAUUUUUAAAAUUUAAAUUAACGUAGUUUUAAUAGCCCAGCUAGUUUACAAGCUAUUUACCGCAACCCUUGAUUGUUCUUCUAAAGUUUUGAACUAAAUGCUCCGUCAUCGGAGAUGAAUAGGAAUUAUUUAUUACAAGUAAUAACAGGCGCGGAUCCAGGGGAGUGUCCUGCGGUUCU